AGAGUGGUGAGGAUCAUGGAGAGGGCUACUCUGGGAACCAGCCUGUCGUGUAGCUACUGGACUUCGCCUUCAAUUAAUGGACAUAUGGCACCCACUUGGGGUGAUGCCUCAGAGGCCCUCAGCAGCUCUGGGCACCAGAAAUCUCACCACACACAAUUCAGAGCACUAGCCAGUCAUCCUCAUUACAAGCCCCCAGCCUCAGUACCGCAUUCCUUUACUGCACCUCCCAUUCCUUUCAAUCUUCAGGAGCUCUCUGCUUUCGGCUGCUACUGGGGCGCAAUGGCGACUACAGACCAAAUAAUAUAUCGACAGAUUCUGGAGAAGGCCAUCCAAUUCACAGAUGCAGAACAAUUGGAAUCAUUAAAAGCAUUCGUUGAAGCAAUGGUCAAUGAGAACGUCAGCUUAGUAAUCUCUAGACAGCUGCUGACAGACUUCUGCACAAAUAUCCCCAGUCUUCCUGACAGCACAGCCAAGGCAGUCUACCACUUCACACUAGAGAAGAUACAGCCCAGGGUCAUCUCUUUUGAAGAACAGGUGGCCUCCAUUAGACAGCACUUAGCCACCAUCUAUGAGAAGGAGGAGGACUGGAGAAACGCUGCUCAGGUUCUAGUGGGCAUUCCUUUGGAAACAGGACAGAAGCAGUACAACGUAGACUAUAAGUUGGACACGUACCUGAAGAUCGCCCGUCUGUACCUGGAGGAUGACGACCCUGUCCAGGCCGAGGCCUACAUCAACAGAGCCUCUCUGCUCCAGAACGAGUCCACCAACGAACAGCUACAGGUCCACUACAAAGUGUGCUACGCCAGAGUGUUGGACUACAGGAGGAAGUUUAUCGAGGCGGCGCAGCGGUACAACGAGCUCUCCUACAAGUCCAUCGUCCACGAGACCGAGCGUCUGGAGGCCCUGAAGCAUGCUCUCCACUGCACCAUCCUGGCAUCAGCGGGCCAGCAGCGCUCCCGUAUGUUAGCCACCCUGUUUAAAGACGAACGCUGUCAGCAGCUGGCGGCCUACGGCAUCCUAGAGAAGAUGUACCUGGACCGGAUCAUCAGGGGGAACCAGCUGCAGGAGUUUGCGGCCAUGCUCAUGCCCCACCAGAAGGCCACCAUGGCAGACGGCUCCAGCAUAUUGGACAGAGCUGUUAUUGAACACAACCUGCUGUCUGCUAGUAAACUUUACAACAACAUCACGUUUGAAGAGCUAGGAGCGCUUUUGGAGAUCCCUCCCGCUAAGGACGAUUGUCCCGAUGGUGAGGUCCCUGGUUACAGAUGCAAUCUGGCUGAGAAGAUCGCCUCCCAGAUGAUCACUGAGGGACGCAUGAACGGCUUCAUCGACCAGAUCGAUGGAAUCGUCCACUUUGAGACACGGGAGCCCCUGCCCACCUGGGACAAGCAGAUCCAGUCUCUGUGUUUCCAGGUGAACAACCUGCUGGAGAAGAUCACUGCGGCUGCUCCUGAGUGGACAGCCCAGGCCAUAGAGGCUCAGAUGACCCAGUAGAUUGACUGACACCCCCUGGCGUGGAACACAUCAUCACCCACACUGGGGCACCCCAUCUCCCUAUUCCCUAUGGAGGGUGCCAUUUUUGGACAAAGCCCCCAAUUGUUUCCCCUAGAGGUUUUGGUUGGGUGGCUGGGCAAAGGUAUGCAAGAUCGUACAUCGCCGUACGGUACUGUGGACUGCAAACUCCAAAUUGUUCAGUUGAAGCCAGAUCCAGAUGUUUUUUUGGCAUGGGCUGAUAGAGCUUCGCUGAGUGCCCCGUCUCUCGCUCUCUCUCCCUCGAGACAAGUUCCAAUCUGGUGGUCCUCCAGCAUGUUUCUCUACUGUUUAUUAUGCUUGGAGUUUACCAUUCAUCUUUAUAGGACUAAUUAAUGGAUGCUUGAAUCCAUUGGCUCAUCAAGUUACCAGUUGUUGCAAUCUCGUGUAUACUUUGACUCAGACACUGGUGUCCCACAAUGAAGGUGUUUGUUAUUAAGGUUGAAAUGUGAAAGACACACGGCAAUUCCUACUGAACCUCUAUAUUUGCUGCUGUGUUCUUGUGCAAGGAUCUUGUUACUUUCUGUUUGGAGACAUUUUGUCAGACCUGGAGUGCAACGUCAACAAAAAGAUUAAUAAAAGUUGAAAAAGAA